AUGAAGAACAAGAAAAAGCUCUUUGGCCCUUCCAGCUCAAAUAAUACCAAAUCGAAUAAGAAAAAAAUAAAUAAAAGUAAAAAUAAAAGUAAGUCGAAAAAAAAUGAGAAGAAUGAAAAAAGAAUUAAUAUAAAAAAAAAUAACGGAUUAAAAAAGAGUAAAGAAGAUGUAUCAAAAAGGAAAGAUAUUGAUUUAUUACAAAAUAAUAAGAAGAAGAACAUAUUAAUAAAAACAAAUAAAAAUAUUUCAAAAAAUAAAAAUGGUACCAAAAGAUAUCAAUGGCUUUUUUCUGAUAAAGAUAAGAAAAAAGAAAAAGUAGAAGAAUCAGAUUUGAAUAAUUAUAGUUCAAGUUGUUCCUAUGAUGAUAAAAAGAAGGAAAAGAAGAAAUUUGUCUUGUAUAAAAAGAAAAAGAAUAAAAGUAAUAAUAAUAGUAAUAAUAGUAAUAAUAAAAAAAAAAAAAAAAAAGUAAUAUUAAAUUCUUUUCAACAAUUAGGAUUAAGUGAAAAUAUGUGCAGAAGUAUAGCAUCAAACUUGAAAUAUAAUAAACCAACAAAUAUACAGAAAUUAUGUAUUACUAAAAUAUUACAUAGAAGAGAUGUUAUAUGUAUUAGCAAAACAGGGUCAGGAAAAUCAUUAGUUUAUUUAUGUACCCUUAUAGAUAUAUUAAAAGAACAUAAUAAAUAUUAUGGUAUUAGAGGUUUAAUUAUAUUACCUACAAAAGAAUUAGUUAUACAAAUAUAUAAAUUAUGUAAAAAAAUUUGUAAAAAUUAUUUCCAUUUAAAUAUUAAUAUAAUUAUUGGUGGUGUUAGUAUUAUCAAACAAUUUGAUAUACUUAAUCAGAAUUUAGAUAUUUUAUUAUGUACACCAGGGAGAUUAUCUUUUUUAUUACAAGAAACAAAAUUAAGUCUAGAAAAAGUAGAAAUACUAAUUAUUGAUGAAGCAGAUAGACUAUUAGAACUAAAUUAUUAUAAUGAUAUGAAUGUUAUAUAUAAAAGUUUAAAUAAUACUUCGAAACAAACCAUUCUAGUUAGUGCCACCUUACCUACAAAUGUUGAAAAUUAUUUUAAAUUAAAAUUAAAUAAUCCUGAUGUACUCUUCCUAACUUCGGAUAAUACAAUAAAUGAAAAAGUUCAUUUACAUUUUCUAUUUUGUAGAUCUUAUGAAAAAUAUGCACUUCUUCUUAGAUUAAUACUUAUAUUUAAAAAAAAAAAACUAGGCAAAACCAUGAUUUUUUUUUGUACAAAAUAUCAUAUUUUAUUUUUUAGUAAUAUCUUAAAACAUUUUAAAAUACACCAUUCUAUAUUAUAUGGAAAUUCAGAUACGUCAUUCCGUUUUGAACAAAUCAAUAAUUUUACAAAAAAUGAACAUAUUCAAUUCUUGCUCGUUACCGAUGUAGCAUCUAGAGGAAUAAAUAUAACAUCUGUGCAAAAUGUAAUUAAUUAUAAUUUACCUUUCUCGCCAAAGUUAUUUAUUCAUAGGAUUGGUCGAGCUUGUCGAACGGAUAUAAGUGGUUAUGGUAUCUCUCUUUUGACAUAUCAAGAUAUACUCUAUGCCUACGAAAUUUGUUUCUUCAUAGGAAAGAAAUUGAAGUUUUUUAAAAAGGAAAAAUCGGUGCUCGACAAUGAUAUGGAAGACAUAUCUAGCAAGGGGUUCACCUCCAAAGGGAUGGAUAUUGAAGCGAACACUGUGGUAAAUGAAAUGAGUAAUGUGACGAAUAUGAAUAAUGACAAUGAUAACAAAUGUGGUGAUAACGAAUGUGGUGAUAACAAAUGUGGUGAUAACGAAUGUGGUGAUAACAAAUGUGGUGAUAACAAAUGUGGUGAUAAUUAUUGUGGUGAUAAUUAUUGUGGUGAUAAUUAUUGUGGUGAUAACGAAUGUGUUGAUAAGGUUUAUUAUGGUGAUGAUAAAAACAAAAGAGACAAAUCAUAUACCUGUUCACAUAAAAAUAAUACAAACGAUAUUGUAUAUAUGGGGUGUGUACCACACCUUAAUGAUUAUAUUGAAUAUAUAGAAGAUUUAAAAAAAAGGGACACUGAGUUAAUGUCAUUAAAUAAAAGUAUACUAGCAUCAUACAAACUAUAUUAUUCAAUGAGACCUAAGGUAUCUAAAUAUGUAAGCACGAAGUGUAUAAAUAAGAUAAAUAAAAUUGGAGGUUUAUAUAAGUUAUCCUUAUAUAAUCAUCCUCACUGGAUAUAUGAAAAUGAGAGAUGUCUACCUGAAGAUAUGCGUUCAACAAAUGAGAAUACGACACAUGAAUUUUUAGAGAACGAAAAGGAAAUGGACUACACAAAUGAUUGUGUAAAUAAUAAUAAUAAUAAUAAUAAUAAUAAUAAUAAUAAUAAUAAUAAUAAUGAUAAUAAUGAUGGUGAUGUUUAUAUGUGCAAUGACCAACUUAACGACGAAGUGGAUAUCCUUUUCAAUAACUUAAUAAAUUAUAUAUCACACAAUAAUAAUAAUAAUAACAUAAGUAAUGAAAACAUUACAAAUGAUUUGGUACAAAACGAAAUAAAAAGUGAUGAUCAAGAAAAUGAUACAACCGAAAUACAAAAUAAUGAACAUUAUGAAGAAAGUAAUAUAGAAAAUGUGAAUGCUAAUUAUGAUUAUUCAAAAAACAAAUUAAUAUCUAUUAUUCAUAAUUUUGAAAAUAAAAAUUCAAACAAUAAAAUAAAAACCAUAUCUGAUGAAUUAAAACAAAAAUUAAAUCAGCUCAAAGAAAAAAAUGAAAGAUACAAAAGUAGACGUAAUUAUGUAUUAUCAAAUGAUGUAAACGAAUUUAUGGAUACAUUAACCUAUCAGAUAAGUGACGAAGAAGAUGAAAAUGCAGAUAUUAAAAAUAUCCCAGAAAUGUGGAAAAAAAUAUUUUUACAUUCACAAGGAAAUAACAAUUCAACGUCUAUGAAUAUAAAUGAUCCCAGUGAACAUUAUAUGGAGAACAAGAAAAAAUUAAGUAAAAGAGCAUUAAAAAAAUUAAAAAAAAAUGAAAAUAAUGAUAGCAACGAAUUUAAUAAUAAUAAUAAUAUUAAUAAUAAUGACAAUGUGAAUAAUAUAAAAAAUAUAUCCUUUGAUGAUGUUUUAAGAAUUAUCAAUGAAAAAAAAAUGAAAAAUGAUAUGCGUUAUAAUAACACAUCCACGUUAGAUAUUAAAAAUCCUGGUUUCGAUUUACCUCCAGAUGAAACCGAAGAAUUAAAUAAACAAAGAUUUGUAAAAAAACAAAUUUGGGAUAAAAAAAAAAGAAAAUUUGUCCUUACAGAAAUUGAUACCUUCCAAACUGAUGAAUUCGGUAUUAAGAAAAAAGUAAAUAAAAACAAAGAUGAUAAAACUAAUAGUAUUACGAAUUUAUAUGAAAAAUGGGUUAAGUCAACUAAAAAAAGAAUUAAAAAUGUAGGAGAAUUAGAAGAUGAAAAUGAUAUUAUACCAAAAACGAAAUUAAACAAAAAUAAAAAUAAAAAUAAAAAAGGAAAGAAAAACAAAAACCAAAACAAAUAUAAUAAUGACAUUAGUGAUAAUAAUGAUAAUAACUCAGAAAACGAGGAAAAACAAUAUAAUAUUAAUAUGCUGAAAUUGAUGCACCCAGAAAUUUCAGAAGCUUUAUCAAAAAAUAAUAAACUAACCAAAAAACAACAAAGAAUUUAUAAAAAAUAUAUCUCUGGAAAAUAUAUAAACGCAACCACACAAAAAGAUACAAACACAUUACAUAACACUGCUAAACAAAGAAAAAAACAAUUACAAAAUAGAUUAAGAACAGACAAAAAAUUUAGAACCAAAUACUUAAAAAUUAAAAAGAAAAAAUUCGAAAAUAAAAUGAAACGAAAACAUAAUUUAAGCAGUGCUAGGGAAAGAUCACUUAUUAUUCUAAAGAAUAAAAAAUAA